AUGCGAACAUUCGGGUGUCAGACAUACAUACUGACGCCUAAAGAGAAUCGACUCAAGUGGGAUCCAAAGGCUCGCGCUGGCAUAUUCGUGGGCUACGAAGAAGUUUCGAAGGCAUAUCGUGUUUAUGACAUCGAGGCGGGGCAGGUGGUUAUCAGCCGCGAUGUCAACUUCGACGAGUCCACCUUUGGACUUCAACUGCCGAUCACUGAUGAAGAUGUCGAUGACCUGGACUUCGAAUUGCUGGAUCUUGAUGACGAAGAGCUGCGUCAAAUGGAGUACAAGCAAACAGGCAAGCGCAAGAACCGACUCAAUGAUGAAGAUACAGCAGCUCCACGACCGCGUGCAGUGCGUCAACGACCAGGACUAGAAGAGUCAAGCGCGCCGGAAAACAACUCGUCACGCCAAGAAGAAGAUAAAGAAACGAAGGAUUCUGGUGAUUCAACACCGCCUGUGUUUUGGCGUGCGAGUGCAAAUGCCGUUGAAGCAGCAGUGGACUUAUCAGAACCCUCAACAUUUGAAGCAGCAGUAAGCGGCCCUGACCAAGUGCACUGGAGAAAAGCAAUUCAUGCAGAGCUCGAGUCAAUGCGACUUCGCGGUGUGUUUCGUGCAGCCAAGCUGCCCAACGGACAACGCGCCAUUGGCACAAAAUGGGUGUUCAAGAUCAAGCGCAAGGCGGAUGGGUCAAUCGAGAAGUACAAGGCACGACUUGUGGCCAAGGGUUUCCGCCAAAAGUAUGGCAUCGACUACACGGAGACGUUUUCGCCUGUGGUAAAGUAUGUGACGCUGCGAAUGGUGAUCGCAAUUUCCAAGCAUUUUGGAUGGCCCAUCGACCAGCUUGAUGUGGUGACAGCUUUCCUGUAUGGCGUCAUGAAGGAACAAGUGUUCUGCGUGAUUCCUGAAGGCGUCGAACUUGACAGUACGUUCGACUGCCUGGAAUUGGUGAAGUCAAUUUACGGCCUCAAGCAAGCGUCGCGAGUGUGGAACGAGACGUUCGACGAGUAUGUGUGCUCCAUCGGAUUUCAAGUAUCGGACUUCGACCCAUGUCUCUACAUCAAGACUUCGGACGGCCAUUGCGUGUUUAUACUGGUCUACGUGGACGACGUCUUGGUGACUGGAAGCUCGCUCGAGCUGAUUGCACAAACCAAGAACGACCUGAAGACGCGGUUCGAAAUGACGGACAGCGGCAAGUGUGCGUUUGUUCUUGGGAUCGAGCUUUUGGACGGUGAAGAUGGCAGUGUGACACUAUGUCAGCGUCGGUAUGUCGAUGAUAUCCUCAAGCGCUUUGGCAUGGAUGAUUGCAAGGCAGUCGCAAGUCCAGUCGACAUGAGCUCUCGACUUGUUUCAAGUGAUGCAACUACCAAGGUCGAUGCUCCUUUUCGCGAAGCUGUUGGUGCGUUGAUGCACCUGACCACUGCAACGCGUCCGGACAUUGCGUUUGCUGUGGGCUAUGUGUCGCGGUUCAUGGAAAAUCCCCAAGAAGAACACUGGGUUGCAGUUAAGCGUAUCUUUCGCUACCUACAAGGCACCAAGACGCAUGGAAUUUGCUACAAGCCAAGUGCAAGGAUCGACUUCCGUGGAUAUUCGGAUGCGGAUUGGGCUGGUGAUCUUACCGACCGCAAGUCAACAUCGGGGUACACGUUCAUGCUACUCGGUGCGCCAGUGAGUUGGGGCAGCAAGAAGCAGCCAAGUGUUUCGUUGUCCACGACUGAAGCUGAAUACAUCGCACUCAGCUUGGCGAUUCAAGAGGGCAAGUGGAUUCAUCGUCUGCUUUGUGAGAUCGUGAUGGCUGCCAAUGAAGAAGGACCGGAACUCAUGAUUCAUGAAGACAAUCAGCCAUGUAUCAAGAUGACGAAGAACCCGGUCAACCACGGCCGUGCCAAGCACAUUGAUAUCAAGUACCAUCACAUCCGUGAUGAGGUCAAGCGCGGUGAAGUGAAGCUCAAGUAUUGUGAAACUGUGGUGAUGUUAGCGGACAUCAUGACGAAGGGACUUCAUGGACCACGCCACAAGGAGAUGACGAUGGCUCUCGGGAUUCGUGAGCAUUCGGAUUGA